GUUUUCUCUCAGUGGCUGAGGCGUGGCUUGCAGCUGGGACUCCACACUAACCUGUUCCCUAUCCUCAUUCAGCAGCUGACUCACCUGCAGAUACCUGAAGUCCUGAAACAUACUCAGGCUACAUUAGGAGGAGGUGACGUGGUCUUGUUUCAGCCGUAAAACCAUGGCUGUGAUUUUGUACGUGUGUCUUUUUGCCGCCUCGUGUCUUACCCCUGCUAUUAUUGGUGGCGGACAUUUAAUCGGUGGUUAUUCCAAUGCUGAUCCCAAUAGACCGGAUGUUCAAGAAGCCUCUCGCUUUGCUGUUAAGGAGUACAAUAAAGUAUCAAAUGAUGCACAUAUCUACAGAGCCCUAAUAACUGUAUCGGCCCAAACUCAGGUUGUUGCUGGAACGAAUUACAAAUUGAUUAUGCAAAUUGGGAGAACACCAUGCCGAAAAAAUAAUGUUGGUGAUGGUGACAACGGCGGUGGCUGUGAUGUGACCAAUUCAAAAGUGUCGCAGGUGUUUACUUGUACGCUUGUAGUCUAUAAAACUCUACCACUACCUACAUCAGAGUUCGAACUUUCUGAACACGAGUGCAAGUCUGAAUCUGAGGACACUGGCUCUGAAGAAUAACGAAAUCUCACGCUCUACUUGUCCAUGCUACUGAGGUUAUGCUGAGUGAACUAGAAUUCAGUUCUAUUCUCAUUGAACAUUUUUUUCGUGUUUAUUUUGUGUAGUGUGACCUGUAUACAAACAUAUGUAAUCAAAAAUGGGAGGCAUAUUUCCCCAGUAGAUGAAUAGACCCACGAACAUUUAUCAUCUAUCCACGGUACAGGUCAAAAAUGUAUGACUGAGAGGGCUCCGACUGCUAGGACCCCCACGACCCAAGGGUCCCAAGACCUAUGUCUGAAUGGCAGAGUGCAAGUGUGAAUGCCACUGCAAUCUCCUCUGUGGGGCUGGCAGAUAUAGCUAAGCCCCGUACACAACAGUCUCAUAGACAGGGGUCACUCGUUCACAUUAUAGCUCCAUUCAAAUAGGGGUCUUGAGGACCUCCACUUGCAUUACAGUUGGUAUUGUCCAAGCAAUCCGACCCGAACAAUCAUACAUCUAUCAGUUAUCCGGUGAAUUACUCAUAAAUGGUAAAGGGGUAAAGAGAUAUGAAGAGUCUGCUUGUGGCUUCAGCGCUGGCUAUGGCUAUUGCUGUAAAAUAUGUAAAUCAUCAUUAAAAUAUAUAUAUAUAUAUAUAUAUAUAUAUAUACACUACUGAACUAUCAAAUAAAAUAAAAAUGAGAA